AGAAAAUGUACUAUUUUCACUGUACGCGUUAUUCCUUCCACAGAUAUAGCAAUAAUAGAUUCAUAGUAGCAUCUCUCUCCCUCGUUCUUUUCUCUGCAGAUCUGAUCCCCGAUUACACAGAAUUUUAAGUUAGAAUGGGUCGUGGAGUUAGCAGCGGCGGGGGACAGAGUUCCCUUGGGUACCUUUUUGGAAAUGGUGAGGCUCCAGCCCCAACUCAGAAACCUGCUGCAGCCGAAGCCCCUGCUCAGAACCCAGCUCCGGCGGUGAGCAAGGGGGAAUCAGAGAAAACUCCUGCUGAUGUUAGUAAACAGAUUCCAGCUGGAAUUCAGGGAAACCAAAAGAAUAACUAUUACAGAGCUGAUGGCCAGAACACUGGAAACUUUCUCACGGAUCGACCUUCUACUAAAGUCCACGCUGCCCCCGGUGGUGGAUCUUCCCUCGACUACCUGUUUGGUGGUGGCAGCAAGUAAUGCUUUGUCUCUAUGUUAAAAGAUGGAAUUGCUAUGUACUGUUCAUCUAAGUCGUGUUUCUGUUUUUGGGCCGACAAUAAUUUCGUCUUUUAAUUUUUUGUGUCAUUCUGAAUUGUAACAUAGUCACUUCUCCAAAUCUGGGAAUUCAAUUUACAUACGUUGAGCCUCGUGAUUGUAAUCUUCAAUGAAGUUUCUUUCUGUUCA